AUGACUGUUGCGCUGCUCUUUGCGCUCGGCAGCGCAGCCGCCAGCCCGAACUCGAGCCUCCGUCUCGGCAUCUUUGCCGAGCCGCAACCUUUCAACGCGCUCUGCCUGCACAAGACGCUCACAUGCUCGAUCCAGCCUUCUGGCAUGAUUGCCGCCUCUGCGAUGGACUCUGGGCUGCUUGACGCCGCGGUGCUCGGCUCCGUGCCUUGGGCGGCGGCGGUGUCGCGCGGUGUCGAGCUGUCCACCUCGUAUAUCGUCCACGUCAAGCACGGUGACCAGGGCCUCAUCGCAAAGAGCGUCGGGCCGAGGACGCCCUUUGACUUGGCCAACACCAAGGUGGGCGUGGUCAAGGAGUCGACGACGCACCAGGGAAUGGUCUUCCUGAUCGAGCUCUUCCAGCUCCGCAACGUCACCCUCGUCUUCGAGGACAACGCCCGCAUGCUCGAGCUGUGGGACAGCGGAGGGAUCGACGCCGCAUUCUGCUGGGGCGAGCCCUACCAGGAGCUCCUCCGACGAGUGAACGAGAAGGAGACAGCCGCUGCGCUGGUUGCCGACGCGUACAUGCUCUCGCUGUGGGGCUUCCCCACCUUCAAC